GGAAUCGACGAUAACUUUUGUUUAGAAAUUUUGUAAGAUUUUUCUCUAUUCACAAUAGUAACAUUAUUAUUUUCUAAAAGGAUAAAUUGAUCUUCCAUCUUGAGGCAGUUUAAUGAUCACUUGAAAGAAAUUAAUGUUUAACUGGACCGUUUUAGAAAAGAAUUACGCUUUUUAUAGACAAGAAAGAGAAAACAAAAUUUAAUUUUGAAAAUUAUGUUCAUUAGGUUUUCUUUCCAAACUCGGUAGGACUUAAUACAUUUCGUCAUCUGCCAGAUGGAAGCGCGAAUUUAAAAUUAAGAUAAAUUAUCUUAGAUAAUUCGAAUUGCUUGUGAUCUCAUUGAUUUCGACCUAAAUUUCUGAGAAAACUGGUCAACAGUUAUCAGGGGGAGAGAGGAAGAGGCUUUCUAUUGCUACAGAGGUGAAUUUACUAAUCAAUUUUUAAUUAGUUUUGUGAGUGAUUAAUUUGCUUGUUCUUGGCAUCAGAUUAUUAUGGAUCCACCGAUACUCUUCUGUGAUGAACCAACUUCGGGAAUCAAUUCAUUCAUGGCUCUGAGUGUAAUUUCGGUUCUAAAGUCGUUGGCGUCCGAGCGAUUUCAUAUUCAUAAUGCCACUAAUGGUAAUUUAUUGGCUAUUCUUGGUCCAUCAGAGGCAGAUUAUCAUGGAUCCAUCGAUUCAUUCAUGGCUCUGAGUGUAAUUUCAGUUCUAAAGUCAUUGGCGUCCGAGCAACGAACUAUCAUUUGUACCAUUCAUCAGCCUUCGUCCGAAAUAUUUAAAUUGUUUGAUAAAAUUAUGCUUAUUGCUGAUGGUCGACUUGCAUUUUUUGGUACCUCUGGUCAAGCGAUUGAUUUUUCUCAUCAAAUGGUCAAGUCUGUCCAUCUAAUUAUAAUCCACCCGAUUUUUUCGUUUAAAAUUAAAGGAUAUCGAAUGUAACUCAUUAUCAUCCUAAAUCUGACUCGGUUAAUCUUUUGAUGAUGCUGUUUAUAUCAGCACAAUAAUCACAUACUUUUCCGGUUUUCUAAUUUGAAAUUUGUUCCAUGUUAAUGAACUGUGGUAAUGAAGAUACCUUGAGAUGAGUUAAAAUACCUAAGCGAUGUUGAUGAGAACUCGAAUUCAAUACCUCAUAAAUAAGACCAUCCCGAAUGAAUCCA